AUGCGUGCAGAACCUGCCGCCUUUGACUGUGCUCGCAAUCUUUUCCUUUUUCCGCCUUGCUUUAUUCCACCUUACCUCCCCGCUUCGGUCCUGAAACUCUACGGCUCACCGGAGGCCGGCGGUGCGACUCAGACUGCGCUCAUCGCUCUCCUCGAGAAGCACGUCUCGUUCGAAUUCUCUAUACAGCCGUUCAAGCCGUUCCCGGCCAUCGAAAGCCACUCCUCUAGCGCCUGCAGGUCCCGCUUCUUGAAUCCGCAGGGCGACGAUCGCUUCAUUCGGUAUGAGUCCAGGGCCAUCUGCCGAUACCUCGAGCACAAUUACCCAGACCAAGGAACGGGGCUGGAACCCGCGCGGUCUCUCUACGAGCAGGCGUUGACAGUCGAGGCAUUCAACUUCCACCCGCACGCACACUGGGUAAGGCGAGGCCUUAACAGCGAUGAACGCUUCAUCCGCGAGGCGCUCAAGAGGCUUUCCGAGAUAUUGGAUGUAUGCAACCAAGUAUUGGCAAAGACGCGGUACCUUGCGGGAGACGAAUUCACGCUUGCCGAUCUGUUCCAUAUUGCCUUUGGCGGCACUUUGAUUCGAGCCGGGCAUGACAUAAUGACUUGCAGGUGCAGCCAAACGUUGUUCGGUUCGUGGUGGAAUGACAUCCAGUCCAGGUCGUCCGUGCGCCGGUUCCCAGAAGCGGGUUUGUUCACCAGCGUAGCCUCGUACCGCUUAUGACGAAUGAUCUCGAGAGCAGCAAUUUUCAAUUUCGACAGAUUGUGUGUUG